UUUGUUGCUGGAGAAUCAUUCACAUCGUGAGUUUCUCCAAAGUAACAUCAGUUUUCAUCAAGUCAAGACGUAAAUCAACAUGAUGGCAUCUAACUUAACAAAAGUUUUCUUGGUGAUUGCAUUCGCGCUUCUGAUUGCUGGAAUGCUUGACCAAGCUGAAGCCACAUACAGGAAACCGCCAUUCAAUGGGUCCAUCUUUGGAAAACGUGGUCUUAACCAAGACUACGACGCAGCUGGUAAGACUUUGUCUGCAAUGUGUGAGCUUGCAAGUGAAGCUUGUCAGGCCUGGUUCCCCCAGCAAGAGAAAUAAACACAUUUUGUAACUUAGCUGACAUUUUAUCCUAAAUAUGCAUAAAUAAAUACUAUUGGCAAACUAUAA